UGCAGAGGAAUGGGAGGGAUCCUGGAGACCCUGAGGCCAUAAGGGGAACUGAGGUGCCCACACAGGUGCAGGUGUCCAUGGCAGGCUGGGUGCUGUGCAUGACCCUGGUGCUGGCAGCACUGGCAGGGGCGGUGGGCGAGACCCGCUAUGAGAAGUUCCUGCGGCAGCACGUGGACAACCCCCGGACAUCCACGCUGGCGGCGCAUCGCUACUGUGAGACCAUGCUGGCUCGGCGUCGGGUGACAGCCCCAGGCAGGCCCUGCAAGCCCUCCAACACCUUCGUGCAUGCCCCAGCUGAGGACCUGGUGGCUGCCUGCUCCCAGGCGCCUGACCCCACCACGGGAUUCCACAGCACCCCGAGGGCCAUGAGCCUCACUGCCUGCCGCCUUCGCGGUGGGGACACGCGGCCACCCUGUGCCUACCGUGCCCGCCAGGUGCAGCACCACGUGCGCGUGGCCUGCCGUGACGGGCUGCCCGUGCACCUCGCAGGCACCUAUGUGGCCCCGUCGUGAGGCCGUGGACCCUCAGUGCGGGUGUGGAUUCUCCUCCCAUCAGGGACUCUUGUUAGUGCUCGCAAUAAAGGUGGUGUCAGAG